AUGGUGAUCAAAGUAGGUGACACGGUGCUAGCAUAUCAUGGUCUAAUGAUAUACGAUGCCAAGGUAUUAAAAGUAGACAAUGGACAAGGCGUGAAAGAAAAGACUGGUGAUGGAGGACAAUUAAUGGCCAACACACAGUUUUACGUGCACUAUCAAGGAUGGGCCAAGAAAUGGGACGAGUGGGUACGUCACGAUCGUGUGCUUGAGGACACAUUGGCUAGUCGUAUACUGCAACAAAAGGCCAAGGAAGAUGUUGUACAAGCCAAGAAGGAGAAAAAACUAACGAAAAAGAAACAAACAAGUUCAGGUAGAAUGGAUUCACUUAGUUCUUGCAAGUCGCCGUUCAAGCGGUUGAAACGAAAUGUAGAGAAUGACUAUGAAGAGUGUUCAGGACUCAAGGAGCAAAAUCAAACAGAGAAAAUGUCAGGGAAGCAAAUUAAUAUUCAGAUGCCGUUUUUGCUCAAGAAACAGCUCGUGGAAGACUGGAAGAACGUGACUCAUGCACCAUAUAAAUUUGUACCGUUACCUAGGAAGCCUAACGUUAAUCAGAUUAUCAAGACAUACUUGGAGUUCAAAAAGUCAAAGGUGCGGAAUGGCGAGGUGAGCGAUGAAAAGGAGUACAAGAACAUUGAAGGUAUUAUGGAAGGAGUGCAGUCCUAUUUUGAUCGUGCAUUGAGCUCCAUUCUGCUCUAUCGCAUGGAACGUCGACAGUAUCAGGAGCUCCGCCAAAAGGAGACAGAGGACGUGCCACUCUCGCAGAUCUAUGGCGCCGAACAUCUCAUCCGUCUAUUUGUGCGAUUACCAGUUUUAUUGGCAAGCUCCAACAUUUCUCCUCGCGAGUUACUUCAGAUUCAGGCUCGUCUUAAUGACUUUCUCAAGUUCGUUCAAAAGAAUGCGUCUGCGUGGUUUGUAACCGAGUAUAAAGCUGCAUCGGACAAGUUUGUAGAACAAGCUACAGCAGCACAGUCGUAA